ACUUAACUUCAGUUCGAUACCACUAACCGUAUCAGUGGGCCAUAUUGUUUUGAUUCAACAGUGUCUCGAGACAUUAUUGUUAUUUGUCAUCAAGCUAUAUCAAAACUAACCUCUUGUUUGUUAUCAACAAAUUGGUUUGUUGUUUCGCAAUAUUUGUAAUCGAAAGUAAAGAUUUAUCUCUUAUUUUUUAUCAUCAAAUUGGUUUGAUAUUUCGCAAGAAUUGUAAUUGGGAGUGAAAACAUCGAAAAUGAGAUUCGAAAGCAAAGUGGUGAUUGUUACUGGUGCAGCGUCGGGUAUAGGAGCCGCAACAGCUGAAUUGUAUGCCAAGGAAGGAGCCAGUGUGGUGGCUGUUGAUCUAAAUGAAAACGCAUUGCGCAAUGUUACACAACGUUGUAACCCCAACAAAUUAGCCAAUGGCGAUGCAGGACAAAACGGGAAUGAAGACAAGAAACAUGUAGUCCAUAUCGUUGCUAACGUAGCUAAAGAUGAUGACGCUAGACGUAUAAUAGAAGAAACAAUAAAUAACUUUGGAAAGCUGGAUAUUCUUGUGAACUGCGCGGGGGUCUAUCGGGACGGCACUAUUAUUGACAGCUCUGUCAUAAACACUUUUGAUGAUGUACUUAAUGUUAAUCUUCGAGCAGUGAUUCAACUUACAACUUUGGCUGUUCCUCAUCUGAAGAAGACUAAAGGAAGUGUCGUCAAUAUAUCCAGUAUAAAAGCUAUAGCGAUCAGUACGUCAUAUGCUUAUGAUAUUUCAAAAGUUGGCGUAGAACAUUUCACGAGACGUGCGGCUUUGGAAUUGGGACCUUUAGGUGUCAGAGUGAAUGCCGUUCGUCCUGGCCCAGUGAGAACUGGGAUCAUCGAAAAUGCUGGAUUAGACAUUGACAUUGAGGACUGGAGAACCAUGACUGCAUUAGAUAGGAUGUCAGACCCUGAAGAAAUAGCCGAGCAAAUAUUGUUUCUGACCGAUGAUAAAGCUAAAGGCAUAACUGGAUCAAUUUUUACUCAUGACAAUGGAACACUUGUGAAAUAUUAUGCUUCAGAAAUAUGUUAAGAUGAAUCUACUGAUAAAUAAUAUUAAGUACUAAGUAAAUUUAGGAUAUUGGGUCUUUUACAACAUUGUGCUUUAUAUAAAUGGUGGAAGAUUACAAAUCAAGUAUUUCUAACCUGUCGUGGGCGUUUAGGUUAUUCCACGAAUUAUGAAGUCGUAAGUUGUUAAUUAAAAUAUAAAAAUAAUUCUAACUUCGAUGCACUGU